UCCCCCGGCUCCCGACCCCUCCGACCUCUCGUCGGCCGAUCGGGCCACGGGCCCGGGGCCCGGCCGGCCGCCGAACCCGGGACCCGCCGGGGCGUCUGGGCCGGAGGGCGGGCCGGGCCGGGAGGAAGGAGUCGGGGCCGCGCCGCCCCGCCCGUCGGGCCGUGCGCCCCGCCUCCCCGGGGCGAGCGAGGCGGAGCCGGCGCCCGGAGGAGCCGCAGCAGGCGGAGGAGAGCUCCGAGCCGUCUCCACGAGCCGGUGGACACCGAGGCCCCGGCGGCCAGCGCGGCAGCAGGCGAGUUCUUUCCAUCACUUGGGACCCGGAAACCGGACCACGCAGCAUCCUACUGAUUUCAGGUGAAAGAAACCCAAGAUGUCGAGCAAAACAGCAAGCACCAACAACAUCGCCCAGGCCAGGAGAACUGUGCAGCAACUGAGGCUAGAAGCUUCCAUUGAACGGAUAAAGGUCUCAAAGGCAUCUGCGGACCUCAUGUCCUACUGUGAGGAGCAUGCCAGGAGCGACCCUCUGCUGGUAGGGAUCCCCACCUCAGAAAACCCAUUCAAGGAUAAAAAAACUUGCAUCAUCUUAUAGAGGAAGAGGAAGCCAGUUCCUCGUCUCUUCUCCACGAAGCCGAUUCUGAGCAGCUCCUUGAAGAGACCCCCUCCUUCGCUUCUUUGGUAACCACUCUGGUCACUAACAUGCUCUUACCUUGGCCUCAUGGACUCUCAAGUCUUAUUUGCCCAAGCUGCCCCUCCUCCCAAACCCCCCUCUCCUGAUUGAAUACAGAAUAACAAUCUUGUUCUCCAUCUAGAAACUACGGUGUCAUAUGGGGUUACUGCUUAAGAAGAGUUGGUCUGGGUUUUAAACACACACACACACACACACACACACACAGAGUUAUAUUCUCUCAAUCGCAAUAUGAAUGAUCUGGUUGUGUAAAGACCUAAAUUACCUACGCACCUGUCUGGUUUAACACGUGAAGAACCUAGGUCCUAAACCUUUAUAGCAUCAUGUGUUCUAAAUAAGGUAGUUGUGCCUGCCAGAAUAGGCCA